AUGGCUGAGGCGGCCUCGGAGGAGAGAGGACUGUGGAACGGGGCUGCUCCCCAGGAUGCCUCUGGCCUCCAGGACAGCUUGUUCUCCUCCAAAAGUGACAACAGCCCGUACUUCACCGACAGCGGCCAGUCCAACACCUUGGAAGUCCGAGAUCUCAGCUACCAGGUGGACAUGGACUCCCAGGUGCCCUGGUUUAAGAAGCUGGCUCAAUUCAAGAUGCCCUGGACAUCUCACAAGGCUUCUUGUGAGCUGGACAUCCAAAACCUGAGCUUCAAAGUGAGGAGUGGGCAGAUGUUGGCCAUCAUAGGGAGCUCAGGCUGUGGGAGAGCCUCUUUGCUGGACGUGAUCACCGGAAGGGACCAUGGCGGCAAAAUUAAGUCAGGCCAAAUCUGGAUCAACGGGCAGUCCAGCACGCCUCAGCUGGUGAGGAAGUUUGUGGCCCACGUGCGCCUGCACGACCAGCUGCUCCCCAACCUGUGCGAGACCCUGGCUUUUGUUGCCCAGCUACGCCUGCCCAGAACCUUCUCCCAGGCUCAGCGUGACGAAAGGGUGGACGACGUGAUGGCCGAGCUGCGCCUGCGCCAGUGCGUCAACACGCGCGUGGGCAGCGCGUACGUGCGGGGCGUGUCGGGGAGCGAGCGGCGCAGGGUCAGCCUCGGGGUGCAGCGCCCGUGGAACCCAGGAAUCCUCAUUCUGGAUGAACGCACCUCCGGGCUCGACAGCUUCACGGCCCACAAUCUGGUGAAAACCCUGUCCCGGCUGGCCAAAGGCAGCCGGUUGGUGCUCAUCUCCCUGCACCAGCCUCGGUCGGACAUCCUCAGGCUGUUUGAUUUGGUCCUCCUGUUGACGUCCGGCAGCACCAUCUACUUGGGGGCAGCCCAGCACAUGGUGCAGUACUUCACAGCCAUCGGCCACCCCUGUCCUCGCUACAGCAGCCCUGCCGACUUCUUUGUGGACUUGACUAGCAUCGAUAGGCGAAGCAGAGAGCAGGAAGUGGCCACCAGAGAGAAGGCUCAGUCCCUUGUGGCCUUGUUUCGAGAAAAAGUUCAUGGCUUUGAUGACUUUCUGUGGAGAGCAGAGGCGAGGGAGCUGGGUGAGGGCACUUACCUGGAGAGCCCGGCCCUCCCCCAAGACACUGACCAGCCCCCGACUCCCACGGAGCUGCCCAGCCCUGUGCAGCAGUUUACCAUGCUGAUCCGUCGUCAGAUUUUCAACGACUUCCGAGACCUGCCAACUGUCCUCAUCCAUGGGGCAGAGGCCUGCCUGAUGUCCCUGGUCAUUGGGUUCCUCUAUUACGGCCACGGGGCCAUCAAGCUCUCCUUCAUGGACACAGCCGCCCUCUUGUUCAUGAUUGGAGCUCUCAUCCCUUUCAACGUGAUCUUGGAUGUCAUUGCCAAAUGUCACUCAGAGAGGGCAAUGCUUUACUAUAGCCCUCUCCACAACCUCUCCACAUCCUCCUUCUUUGGCAACGCUCUCUACAACUCCUUCUACCUCACCGGGGGCUUCAUGAUAAGCUUGGACAACCUGUGGACAGGUAAGGCCUGCUCCCCUCCCCUGUGGAUUUCCAAAGUCUCCUUUCUCCGCUGGUGUUUUGAAGGGCUGAUGCAGAUUCAGUUUAAAGGGCACACUUACCACAUGGCCGUCAGCAACUUCACCAUCCCUAUCCCGGGAGACGUAAUCCUCAGUUCCAUGGGCCUGAACUCGCACCCACUCUACACCAUCUACUUCAUCCUCAUUGGCAUCGGUGGUGGCUUCAUGAUCCUGUACUACGUGGCCCUGAGGUUCAUCAAACAGAAAUCAGAUCAGACUGGUGAUUCAUGCCCAGGCUCUGGCCUGCUGGUGGGGACCUGAGAAGACCCUUCAACUGCGCUCCUUUCUUUCCUCCCAAGGAGCCCCUUCCCGGGCACCAGGAGGACAGCACAGGGAGCUCAGCUACACGGGCCCUCAGCACUGCAGUGGCAGAGGCUGACCACAGGAUGGCAGUAGAAUAAAGAUAGUAGAAAGGGAUUUGUGAUCCCGGGCCAGAGCUCGCCGUUCCUGGGCAAGGGAAAACUGAUCUUGGGGACACCUACAAUGUUGCUAAUUGAUUUCCUUUUCAUAUGUAUUUAUAUAGGCCACUCAGUGCAGGAUGGGGGCAAGUUAGGUAUGAAUUGAAUAGGCUAUGCAAGAGCUGGAUCCAGAGGAAACAACAACAUUGCCUAGUGAAAUGUUUGGCCUCAUCUUCGGGGCUCCCCAAACUGUAUUAAGGCACUCUCAAUACAGAAAAUGAUCUAAGACAUACCAGUGAGAUGUCAUCCUUUCUUUUUGUGUGGGAUCACGGGCUCCAAAAGCCAAACGGAAGAAUUAAAAAUUUAUUGAACAUCUACUGUAUACCAGGUAGAGUUCAAAACGCUUUAUUUAUGUGGAUGACCAUAUACAGUUCUCAGCCCUUUGAGGUGGGUGGUAUCCCAUUUUAUAGAUGAGGAAACUGAGGUAAAAAUUCACUUUGCUAAUAAGUAAGGUCACAUGGCUACUAUGUGGUGGAGUCACAUGUGGGGGUCAGAAAGCUUUGGAAGCCUUAGGGGUUGGAGGGCAAAAGGCAAGUCCUGAGCCACUGUAUGGCUUGGAAUUCCAGGAAGAUGUGGUGGUAGAGGCUGUGCCAGCUCAGCCGGGCCUCUUAGACUUGCAUCCCACCGGCCCUGGCUGGCUCUGAGGACCAGCCUCGAAUCUUUCACAGUGGCCACGGUAUGGGACAGAUCAUGCCCAGGUUGCAUGCUUUGUUGCCUGAGCAUUGAGGACCAUCUGACCCAAAACUGGUACACAGAGGGGAGCAGAUUGUUCCCAAAGGAAACGCCAGCGUCUGGGACCAAAAAAAGGAGGAAGAUAAGUAUUUGGGAAGCAAACAGUAAACACUCACCCCAGGUUCCCUAGACUAUUACUAACACUGCUCGGGGCAAGCAGCAUGGACCUUACCUGGGAUCUGGUUAGACAGGCAGAAUCUCACACUCCACCCAGACCAACUGAAUCUGAAUCUGCAUUUUUAAAAGAUCCCCAGGUGAUUUGUGUACCUGAGUUUGAGAAGCAAGUACUCUAGCACACUGCCCUUUUACAGUACACCAGGAAACUCAGGGUCUUUACACUGCUACAUUAUACCAUGGCGUAUUUUGACAUCGUUACAUUGCUACCAUCCGAUGGGCAGGCCCAAUUCAAGAGUCACUAAUUGUUCGGACAAGGACCUUCAUGGCAAAAGGAUCAAGCAGAUCUAGUUGUCAAUUCUCUUUGGGCUCCUUCAGUUUAGAACAGUUCCUCAACUUUCCUUAACUUUUGUGACCUUGACACUUGAAGAUUCUGCAGAAUAGCUCUCAGUUUGAGUUUGGCAUAUUUUCAUGAUGAAAUCCAGAUCAUGAAUUUAAUGGGAUAUCACAGCGAUUUCCUUUGGCAGAGAUGUUGCAGAAGUGACACGCCCUUCCCCUUGCAUCCUUUUGGUGGUAAAGAUUGCAGUUUGUCCUGUACUGAAGAUGUUCACUUGAUCACAGGGGUGUCUGCCAGGCCUCUCCACAGCCAAGUCCCUUGUUUGGUAAUUCAUAAGCAUUUUGUAGGUAGGUACUUUGAAACUAUGUAAGUUACCUGUUGCUCAUUAAACUUUCCAUU